AUGUUGUAUUGUGUCUUGGUGGCAUGCAUAGGCUCGUUUUGUAAUGGCUGGACUAUUGGAUGUUCAAACUUACCCGGCCAAGUGACGCAUGCUUGUGAAACUGGAAGUCGACAUAUUGCUAACCCUGAAUUUCCUGAUUGUAUACCGAUGAGUACUUCUUUAUGGGGCUUUGCUGUCGCGUCAUUCUGCGUUGGUGGUCUUGUUGGAGGUGUCAGCGGUGGUGCGAUACAAACAAGAUUCGGACGUAAAAACACUAUCAUCUAUAACACAGCCGGCUGGAUCAUUGGUGGCCUAUUGAUUGGCCUUUCAACAAACGUGGCCAUGUUUAUCAUCGGUCGUAUCCUCUGUGGCCUUUCAUGUGGAGUUGGAUCACUUACAACGCCCACUUACAUUGGAGAAACAUCUAGCAUCCGAUCUCGUGGUGCAAUGGGAACUUUGAACCAAUUUUUCAUCGUCAUUGGUAUUCUCUUGUCUUCUGUGAUCGGCCUUCCUACUUCGACCGUUCCUUACUGGCGUAUCAACUAUGCGAUUGUCGCUAUUCCUGCUGUUGUACAAGCAUUUUUCAUGACUACAUGCGUUGAAUCGCCUCGAUGGCUCGUAUCUGGCAAUCGUUUUGACGAGGCGCGCCAUGUGUUGCAACGAUUACGAGGCACCGAAGCAUCGAUCCAAGGCGAAUUCUUUGAAAUUCUCGAAGGCCAUAUCGGUACUGUGCGCGCACAAAGGGUUAUGCAAUGCUCUGCAACAAAAGACCUAUCAACCAUAGAAACAGAUACUGAAGACAAUAAAUCAGAAAACGCAACGAUUGUUAUGGCAGACCAUCCACAAGACGAAGGCCUGCACAAGCCCAUGAACUUUAUCGAGAUAUUCAAGGACCCGUUGAUCCGUCGUAUAGCUUUGGUCGUAUUGACACAUCACGCAAUCCAACAAUUGUCCGGCAUGAAUGCAGUCAUGUAUUAUUCAACCACCAUCUUCAAGUCGGCGUUCGACGACGAAAUGUCCAAGUAUAUGGCAAUAGCCACUACAGCAGUCAACUUUGUCGUGACUAUGGCGGCUGUGGCAUUUAUGGAUCGCAUGGGCAGACGACCGUUGCUGAUGCUUGCAGAAGCUGGCGCGUGUAUCUUCUCCGUAUUGCUCGUGAUUGGCUAUGCAUUCAACGUGCCCGCGCUUUUGGUACUUUCGGUAUUUAUGUAUGUCGCUUCAUUUGCUAUCGGUAUUGGUCCAAUUCCUUGGAUGAUCACAUCCGAGCUGACUCCUACAUAUGCCAACUCAUCCGUGGGCGCAUUGGCCACAGGCGUCAACUGGGCCAUGAACUUUUUGAUUGGCCAAAUAUUUCCUGUCAUUUUUGAAGCAAUCAGUGGCUAUUCAUUUGCUAUCUUUGCAGUUAUUUGCUUCUUGGCGUUUUGGUUCACAUUCUUCAUGCUCCCGGAGACCAAAAAUCGCUCUAUUGAGAAUAUAGUGCGCGGUUUUGAACGAGGUCAUCGCCGUGCUAUGGGUCAUACCGAGGAACCUGUUGUCGAAGGUGAUGACACUGUCGUUGUUACCCAAAAGUAG